UAUGUCCGUUCGCUCGCACGAUCGAUUUGGUCUAUCCGUGGUGGAGGAAAACGAUAAAAAAGAGAGGAGAUAAAGUAAAAUAAAAGAGAACGUAGGAAAGCACGGAAGAGCAAUUAAUAGUAAAACUCGUUAAUGGAAAGAAGAAUAGACCCGUUAGAUAAGAUUCUCUGAUAGCCGCGCGUACAUACCUACCUGUUGACACUACGUCUUCUCGUUAUCGGCCAGAUAAGAUUUCUGCGUCUUUGUCGAAUCGAACAUCAGUAGAAUACACGAAUUCGAGCGGUACAGCGGGAGAAAAACGACCGAAAAAAAGAGUCAUAUCAAAGGGAGGAGGAGGAUUUUUCAAUGUUCCUUUGAUAUUUCUCAGGUUCGUGGAUUCUCUCGCUCCCUCUUUUAAUUUCCUCCGAAAGAUGCCCGUUCCCGAAGCGUAACGCGACGCGUGCAUCGCUCGCGCUAAGCUUCAAACCGAAGGGGGUAAAGAGACUUUCUUCGAGACAUGCGUUGGACGAGAGAAACAUGAUGAGGUUCUCGUGCUUUCCGCGAGCGAGUAUUCUCAGUCAGCGUGGCAGCAUCAACUUCACGCACGUAAACGAGCACGAUGGCGGAUCGAGCGUAUCGAGCGUCGUCGUGAAUGGAAGCACGAGGAGUCCCAUCGCUACCAGUUACAAGCAGUCGGGCGAGCCGGAUCUCACUUAUGGCGUCAUACGUCCGCUUCCAAAUGCCAUCCCGUCGAACGGAACGGUUUGCUCGGCCGCCACGAGCAAAAAUCGAGCGAGCGAAUCUUCCCGGGUGCAGAGCAAUCGCGAGAACUUGGAGAUUCACGAGGAGAAGAACGAGGCCGAGCAGGAGAACGGAUACGAGGAGGUAAAACCGGCUAACCCCCGUGGCGGCGUCAUCGGGAGGACUCCUACGCCGCCUACCUCGGCGGCGCCUAUACCUACCUACGAAAAGGACGCCAGGAGCGCGAGACAGAUAAAGCGCGCCAUUUUGGAGAACGAGUUUCUUGGUAAUCUCGAGAGCAAUCAGGUCGAGUCUCUCGUCUCGGCGAUGUAUCCGAAACAGUUGCCGCCCAAUACGAUGGUGAUUCGCGAAGGAGACAUAGGAUCUCAUUUGUACGUGUCGGCGGAAGGGGAGUUUGACAUAUACCAAGGUACCAAGUUCCAACGAACCUUUGGCCCUGGCGUCGCAUUCGGAGAAAUCGCGUUGCUUUACAACACGAAGAGGCUUCGUUCGAUCGGAGUUAAGAAAUCCGGUAAGGUAUGGGUACUGGACAGAUCGGUCUUUCUGAUGGUGAUGAUGAGGAGCGCCCAAGAUCGGCUCGAAGGUAACAUCCGCUUCCUCCAGCGGGUCUCCGUUCUUCAAAAACUACCAGAACCGAAGGAUCAGAUACUGUCGAAGAUCUCCGAUCUCAUACGAGUGGAAUUCUUCCCGGCGGGCGCAAAAAUCCUUCGGCAGGGAGAAAAGGGCGACAAGUUCUUCAUAAUCAGCGGUGGGAACGUAAGAAUAACGAAGGACACCGAGUACGGGGGCGAGGAGGAGUUGGUGGUUCUCGGUAAAGGACAAUACUUUGGGGAGAAGGCACUUUACGACGACGAGGGAGAGCAUCGUCGGCACGCGAACGCGAUCGCCCUUGCACCUGGCGUCGAGUGCCUUACCCUCGACGGAUCGUCCUUCCUCAAUUAUCUGGGCAGCCUCGAGGAGAUUCGCAACAAGGAUUGGCUCGCCGAGUACGAGAAGCAAAAGAGCUCGCUGACGCCGAAGAAAUGGACGAACGAGUAUUCGAAUCUGACGUUGUUCGAUCUCGAAACGAGAGGCACGCUCGGCGUUGGCGGCUUCGGACGGGUCGAGUUGGUAACGUUAAAGUCCGAUCCCGACAAAAGUUUUGCCCUGAAGAAGCUCAAGAAGAAGGUUAUGGUCGAUCAGCAACAGCAAGAGCACGUUCUCAACGAAAAGCACAUUAUGCAGGCCUGCGACUCGCCUUUCAUAUGCAAACUUUAUCAAACGUACAAGGAUCCCAAAUACGUCUACUUCCUUAUGGAAAUCUGUCUGGGUGGUGACGUGUGGACGACCCUACAAAAGAGACGAUUGUUCGACGACGCCACCGCGCAAUUCAUGGUAGGCUGCGUCGUCGAGGCUCUGGAUCAUCUGCACUCCUUGAACAUCGUUUAUCGAGAUCUCAAGCCGGAAAAUCUCAUGCUCGACUCUCGUGGUUAUCUCAAGCUGGUUGAUUUUGGAUUCAGCAAAAAGAUCGGUCCUGCCAAAACGUGGACCUUUGCCGGUACGCCCGAAUACGUUGCUCCGGAAAUAAUAUUGAACAAGGGACACGACAGGGCGGUGGAUUAUUGGGCACUCGGUAUUCUGACGCACGAGCUCCUCGUUGGCAAGCCACCUUUCCGUGCGGCCGAUCACAUGACGACGUACAACAAGAUACUCAAGGGGAUCGAAGUCGUCGGUAUACCGAGCAUCAUUAACAAACAUGCCAACAAUUUUAUUAAGAAGCUUCUACGGCAUUCCGCUUCGGACAGAUUGGGCUACCAAAGAAACGGCAUACAGGAUAUACGCGAUCACAAAUGGUUUUCCGGAUUCAAUUGGCAAGCUCUUCAACGAUUAGCCUUACCCGCUCCUAUAGUACCGACGGUGCGAAACCGUAUCGACACGCGAAAUUUCGAAAGAUAUCCUCCGGAACGAGAUAUUCCGCCGGACGAAUUUUCAGGUUGGGACAAGGACUUUUGAUCGAAGGAUGAUCUCUUCUUCGAUCGUUCGCCUCGGGGAAGACUCUUUAUUUCGCAAUGGCGCGCGUUCCUCGAUAAGAUUAAUCUAAGACGAUAAAAUUAUAAAUGACACACGAUGUAAACGCGUUCUUUUGGGGAAGAAGGUAUAGAGAAAAAAAAAUCCUAGAUACGCGAUAAGGAUUAUCUUGAUUAGAACGAUAUCCGUUCUACUGGCUUUUCCACAAUAGAACACUUGAAUUCUUUCGAUCGAAACUUUUUAGAAGACUCUCCUUUUUAACCGUACGCUAUUUUCCAAACGAUUCUUCUCCAUCGAUACGCAUAGGUGUCUUUAAAUUCAACGAAUGAUAUUGUAACGUUACUUUUGAGAACGAUAUUCUCUGUUUGAAUAAAUAUACCCAUAUAGCUCGAGACUUUUCGCGUGGAGAUGGGAAAAACGUGAAAUCGACGACAUCGUUUAUAACGCCCGAGAGAAUAUACGUUUUUCAAUAAAGAAUUUUAUAAAUAUUCCUAA